UAUCAAGUCCAGUUUCAUAAAUAAUUUCGUGCAUUUUCACCUGUGUUUUCUUUUCUUCAUUUCUCAGACGGAUUAAUCGCUGACAAUGUCGCUUUUAUUUUUAUUUCUUUCGAUUUUGUUCUCCUCGUUCGCUUUGCCAGCUUGCAGCAGCGAUGCGGGGAAUACAAAGGGCGGGGAAAAGUACAAAUUCCUGUAUUUCGCUUCUAUUGUCGCAGGAAGCCACUACAUCAACCUUGUCGAGUCAGGCCGAGCAUUAGCCCGCAAAGGUCAUCACGUUGUCUCCGUAGUGAGCAGCUCAAAUCCUACAAGUUUAGUGCAAAAAGAUGCUGACUUGUCUUUGGUCGUCUUCAACUCGUCUUAUACCAAACAAGACAGGGAUACCGUGAACGACAAUAUGUCUGAAGCAGGCCUGGCAGGGCAGUUGAAUUUCCUUGGUUUCCGAUGGUUAUUAGAAAAAGACAUGCGCGACAAGUUGAAAAUCAGAGAUAUGUAUCUGCAAGAAUGUGACGACCUGUUCUCCGAUUCAGCAACCAUGAAACGCUUGCAAGAAGAAAAAUUUGACAUGCUUGUUGGAGAUGACUACAUACCUUGCAGCCCGAUGUUGGCGCAGGCUUUAGACAUCCCAUUCGUCCUGAACUCUGUCUUCUUUGCGAUUCCUACAAAACAUGCAGGAUGGACUGGAUUGCCUGUCGAUCCGUCUUAUAUACCAGAGCGUGUCAUGGGACUUACUGACAGAAUGACAUUCCUUCAGCGACUCAAAAACGUCCUAGGUCACUUCUACUUCAACAUCGUGCAUUUUCAACUCGACAGCGCUAACUUCGUUAGAUAUGAUAAGUUGAAGGACAAGUAUAACAUCAAGCCGGAGAUCAGCACCCUAGAGUCACACAAACAAGCUUUGCUGUACUUCAUGCACGGGAGCUUUGGACUGGAAUUUCCUCGACCUUUGCAGCCCAAUAUAAAGUAUGUCCUCUACCAUGCCGGAUUGAACUCCAAUCAAAUGACUUUCCAGAUGGACGAGGAUGUUGCCAAGUUCCUGGAUACAGCACCAGAUGGGGUGGUGUUCUUCGCCCUAAGUUCCCUUUUGAGGAAAAUUGGGCAGGAACAAGGCCAAAUCUUCGCAGACGCUUUUGCUUCCCUCCCCUAUCGCGUGCUGUGGAAGUCAAAUGAGAAUCUGACGGGAAUCCGGCUAGGAAACAACACCAUGGUUGCGAAAGGGUUGCCAAUGAUGAAAAUCCUGGACCACGUCAAUGUCCGCGUGUACGUCGUUCAUGGUGGUGCUUUCAGCACGUAUGAAGCCAUGUGGGAAGGUGUGCCUAUGGUGGGUAUACCACUUUGGGAGGACCAGAUGGAUAACGUGGUCCGCGUAGAGGCACAAGGCGCCGGUCUCAAGUUGGACAUCAGUGGUCUCAAAUCGGAGACUUUGAGCCGGGCCAUUUGCAGAGUCAUGACCGAGCCUGGAUUCCGCGAAAAUGCACAGCGUGUCUCUAAGAUCCUGCGCGACCUUCAGAACGAUGACAGACCGGCAGACAAAGUGGCUCGCUGGAUCCUUCACGUCACCAGGUUUGGCGGCGACCAUUUACGACCAGCAGUCAUGGAUCUCAAUUACGUUCAGAGGAAUCUCCUAGAUGUUUACCUUUUCAUUGGUCUGGUUCUGGCCUCGGUUAUCAUGAUCAACGUGUCUGUUUGCUAUUUCUGUUGUCGGAGCCUGUGUCGUUUUGGCAGAGGCGACCAUUUUAAGAAGGAGUGAGAUAUAAGGUUAAUUCAUCAAGUUCUAAAAUCUGAUAGAUUUGAUAAUUAGCUCUAAAAGGUUUAUCUCGGAGGCACGAUAUUCCACAAAUCAUCCCUAAAUGCAAAAGGAUUGUCAUCAAGCAGACUUUUAGGAAUUCUUUUUAAAUAAUAACAUCAAAUAUAAAUGUAAAUUAAAGUAAGCGCGAUUUUGGAACUGCAAUUUUCUGGAUUUUUUUCAAAUUAUUCUCGUGUGAGUUUGCCGCUCCAAAACUCGCUAAAAUAACUAUCCUGCUCCAUAAAUAUUUUUGGAAUGUAUUAACUACCUCAAGAUUGAAUGCUAUAAAUUCUUCGGCAUUGUAUUGCAACAUCAAACAAAAGAGCAGCAACCGUUUGUAAUAUUUAUACCAAACAUCUAAUAUCAAUUACUAUAAAAUGUUUUUACAUUUUAAUUAAACACAACAGCUUGAAUUGUGUUAUUUGAAACUCAUGUAAAUUUCAUUUUGAAAUGAAAUCACUGAUCAAAGAUGCAGGAGCUUGAGUCAAUAAUUAGACUUAGAGUUAAUAGUAAUAGUGAGUGGUAGAGCUGAUACAGCGUGUGAAGGUACUGAACUUAAA